UACAACCUUUUUAAGUCAUCUGUCUUAAACCGAUUUUUUUCUUUGAUGCUUAUUUUUUAAGAUAAAAAAAUGUCAAAAAGACAUUUGCGAAAAUGUCAGCAAAGUUAAUAGUGCACAAAUUUGAGGAGGGUUUUGAUUUUAAAUCAUUAUUUAUAACAAUUGGUAAUGAUUUCACUGAAACUACAUUUGGUAAUUGGUUGGAUGGGAUAACAGAACAGAAAAAGAAGAGCCCGGAAAAUUCUCGUUUAAUUAUCAAAGUGGUGUCAGGUAAUGAAAUGAAAUAUAUAGAUUUAGAUUCAUGUUGUAAAGAGAUAUCCAACAAUUCAAGUCCAUAUGCAAACUACGAACCAGAUUGGAAAGAGUCUCCGAAAACAUCCUUGAGUAAAGAAAAGCCUCAAAUUAUGAAAAUAUCUCUACUCAAUGAUUCUACCAGUAAUAACGAGAGAGAGACAGCAACUGCUGAGGAUUUAUUUAAAAAUACUCCAUUAGAAAACAGUUCAAUUCAUGAAAACAUUAACCCACUUGAAUACAGCCUAGAAAAGGUAAAAGAAACUAAUGCAAGAAUCAUGAAAAAUAUUCAAAUGUUAAAUAGAACUUUGGAUUAUACAAAAAAGAAGGAAGUACUAAAUGUUGUUUGGCCUUGUUCGAAGAACAUGAACACACACCCCUGUAAUGUAUGUGGUAAACAUUUUGUUUACGUAACUGGAUUGAAGAAACAUUAUGCAAUGAGACAUGUUAUGACAGAGCUCCAACAACAAUGGCAAGUUGUGUGGACUUGCACAGAGUGUUUCCAAGUUUGGCCAUGUCGAGACUUAGCGUUAAAUCAUUCAGGGCAAUGUGUGAAAGAAGAAAACACAGACUGUGUACGAGAAAUAAAAACAUCAUCACUUUUACAAUGCGAAUUUUGCGAGAAAGUAUUUACAAGUAUCCCGAGAUUACUAAAGCACUCGAAAGUGCAUACAAUUGCAAGUAAUUAUGAAUGUAAUGCUUGCAGCAUGAGUUUUCAAUCAUACAAAAAUGCAGAACAGCACUGGCUUUUCUGCCCUUGGUUGAAUAUGUGUUACAAAUUUGCAUUACCAAAAUUACUUCUGUGUAAUGCUUGUGAUCGUAAAUUUAGAAACUACGAGCAACUCUAUAAUCACAGGUACAAAGUAAAUCAUUUUAUGGCUAAAUUGAAAAUUGAAUGCAAUGGCAAGUCCCCAUUUUUAGUUUACCAGUGUGAAACAUGCGGGGAGUGGUUUCAAUCUAUAAUUCUUUUGCAAGCACAUAGAAAUAACUUUCACCCUCAUUAUGAUUCUGGAAUUUUAUGUAAAUCUGAUUCAUUUACUACCUAAAUAUAUGUUGCUUUAAUUCAA